GCUCAGGCGGCGAAGAAGGGGGAAACAAAUGAAGAGUUAGCUUCACAGUUAUUGCAAUAUUUCAAUUGUUACUCCUUUCAAAUUGACUUACAGUUAACUUGCAUGAGCAAAAGAUGGAAGUUGGAUACGUUUGCGAGUGGGAGAAGAGACCCAGGAGCAAUCAUUGCCCUUCUAUCCCGCUUGUGUGUGCAUGGUCAUGUAGAAACCUCAUCGCGUUCACCACCGAUCUGAAAAGUGAAGAGGAUGAGAAAGAUCUUAGCCGCAUGAUUCAUAUCAUCGACACGGAGCACCCGUGGGAUGUGUACUCCAUCAACUCGGGCCACACGGAGGUGAUCAGCUGCUUGGAAUGGGACCAGUCAGGGUCGCGGUUGUUGUCGGCUGACGGCGACGGCCAGAUCAAGUGCUGGGCGAUGACGGAGCAUCUGGUGAACAGCUGGGAGAGCACGCACAGCAGUGCAGUGGACGGAGACCCCAUCGUGGCUCUCUCCUGGCUCCACAACGGCGUCAAGCUGGCCCUGCACGUGGAGAAGUCGGGCUCCACCAACUUCGGGGAGAAGUUCUCGCGCGUGAAGUUCUCUCCGUCGCUGACGCUGUUCGGGGGGAAGCCCAUGGAGGGCUGGUUGGCGGUGACGGUGAGCGGGCUGGUGACCGUGUCUCUGCUGAAGCCCAACGGCGCGUUGCUGAGCGCCAGCGAGAGCCUGUGCCGCCUGCGUGGCCGCGUGGCGCUCGCCGACAUCGCCUUCACGGGCGGCGGCAACAUCGUCGUCGCGGCGACGGACGGCAGCAGCUCGUCCCCGGUGCAGUUCUACAAGGUGUGUGUGAGCGUGGUGAACGAGAAGUGCCGCAUCGACACCGAGCUGCUGCCCUCGCUCUUCAUGCGCUGCACAACAGACCCCGUCCGCCGAGACAAGUACCCCGCCGUCACACACCUCAAGUUCCUCACCAGGGAGAACUCCGAACAGGUGCUGCUGUGUGCGUCCAGUCAGAUGGGCAGUAUAGUGGAGUGCUGGUCACUGCGGAAGGAAGGACUUCCUGUCAACAACAUUUUCCACCAGCGCUCACCAGCCGUGGGCGAGAAGCAGCCGAUGAUCCUGAAGUGGCGCAUCCUCUCGGCCACUAACGACCUUGACCGCGUGUCGGCCGUCGCCCUUCCCAAGCUGCCCAUCUCCAUCUCCAACACCGACCUCAAGGUGGCGUCGGACACCAAGUUCUGCCCUGGCCUGGGCCUGGCUCUGGCGUUCCACGACGGCAGUAUCCAGGUUCUGCACCGGCUCUCCCUCCACACCAUGGGCGUGUACUACGGUUCCGCCUCCGGUUCCUCGCAGCGCCCGGGCGAAGAACCCUCCAUCAAGCGCCAGCGGCCCGGCGGCCCCACCGUCCACUUCAAGGCGCUGCAGUUCUCCUGGACCUCCCUGGCCCUGGUGGGCGUGGACAACCACGGGAAGCUGCACAUGAUCCGAGUGUCUCCCUCUAUGGGCCAGAUGCUGGACAUGAACACGCUGCUGCGCCACCUGCUGUUCUUGCUGGAGUACUGCAUGGUGACGGGCUACGACUGGUGGGACGUUCUGCUGCACGUGCAGCCGGGGAUGGUGCACAACCUGGUGGAGCGCCUGCACGAGGAGUACAUGCGACAGAACCAGGCCCUACAGCAGGUUCUCUCCACGCGGAUCGUGGCGGUGAAGGCGUCGCUGUGUAAGUUGUCGUCGGCGACGGCUGCGCGCGCCUGUGACUUCCACGCUAAGCUCCUCCUCAUCGCCAUAAGCUCCACCCUCAAGUCGCUGCUGCGCCCGCACGUGCUCAGUACGCCCGACAAGAGCCCCGGAGACCGCCUGGCCGAGAUCUGCACCAAGAACACCGACACCGACAUCGAUAAGGUGAUGAUCAACCUGAAGACGGAGGAGUUUGUGCUGGACGGUCCUCCUCUGCAGUCGCUGCAGCAGCUCAUCCAGUGGGUGGGAGACUUCGUGCUCUACCUCAUGGCCAACCUGCCCAACCAGGGGUCGGUGGUGCGACCAGGGUUCGGGUUCCUGCGUGACGGCGCGUCACUGGGCAUGCUCAGAGAGAUGAUGGUGAUGAUCCGCAUCUGGGGCCUCCUGAAGCCCGGCUGCCUGCCCAUCUACACGGCCACCUCGGACACACAGGACAGCAUGAGCCUCCUCUUCAGAUUACUCACCAAGCUCUGGCUCUGCUCGCGUGACGAGGGUCACCCCCAGGAGCCGGACGAGUCCCUGAUUGACGAGUGCUGCCUGCUGCCCAGUCAGCUGCUGGUGCCCACUAUGGACUGGCUGCCCAUCAACGACGGCGUGGUCACCAAGAUGCAGAGCAAGCAGCCAAUCAGACUGCAGUUCGGCAAACCCUACACCCUGCCCAGCCUGUCCAGCAACACACAAGUGGACAUCUUCACCAGGAGCCCCGGGUCUCAGCGGAUGGAUAACCUGCGCUGCCUACACCUGGGGGUGUAUCCCACUGAAGACAGCAAGGCCUGCACCAGGUGUGGCUGUGUGACCAUGCUGCGCUCCCCCAAUAAGACCAACGCCAUGAAGCAGUGGGAACAGCGCUGGAUAAAGAACUGCCUGUGUGGAGGACUCUGGAGGAGGAUCCCCCCCGUACUGUCCUGAGAGAGAGUGUGUGUGUGUGUGUGUGUGUGUGUGUGUGUGUGUGUGUGUGUGUGUGUGCUCUCCUGAACUGCCUGUGUGGAGGACUCUGGAGGCGGAUCCCCCCCGUACUGUCCUGAGAGAGUGUGUGUGUGUGUGAGUGUGUGUGUGAGUGUGUGUGUGUGCUCUCCUGAACUGCCUGUGUGGAGGACUCUGGAGGAUCCCCCCCGUACAGUGUGCGUGUGCGUGUGCGUGUGCGUGUGCGUGUGCGUGUGCGUGUGUGUGUGUGUGUGCGUGCGUGUGUGUGUGUGUGUGCGCACGCUCUCCGGAGCUGCCUGUGUGUGGGUCUCUGGUGACUCAGUGUCCAGACCUGAAGCCAUCCGCAGCACCAUCUUGUGCUGGACACGUCCACAUGAAGACUUCUAGCAGAAACUCUUUUCUUGUAAAUAUUAUUCAUUUUUUAUAUGUAACUCUUUCUGUCUCUUUUUGUACUGGCUUUGUGAAACAGGUGCUUCAGAGACUUGACUAAAUGCUCAAGUGUAUUGUGUUCAAAUUGAUUUGAUUGUAGUGCUGACCUACAGCCACAGAGAGGCGCUGUUUCUUGUUUAAGUCCCAUGGUGAUUGGGGAGAUUUCUCUGUGUGUGUGUGUGUGUGUGUGUGUGUGAGUGUAUGUGUGUGUGUGUGUGUGUGUGUGUGUGUGUGUAGUGGGAGGAGACAAAAUAAAGCU